UCGUUCAAUAACACGGAAGUAGCAAGACAAUAAAAGCCAUAGAGAGAACUAAUCACCAAGACGAGUCCAAAAGUGGCGAAAAACAAUCACUAAUUCUUACCCUGUGUGCGAUGCUCUUUAAUGGAGGGCUAUUCAGUGCACAAAGUCAUCGGUGAAGGAUCUUUUGGGAGAGCUUUGUUAGCCGAGUGUAAAAACACCCAGGAGAAGUAUGUCGUCAAGGAAAUACAGCUGCCGAAGAAGGAGUCCAAAGCGGAGAGGUGCCGGAGAGAAGCGGUGUUGUUGUCCGCAAUGAAACACGCUCAUAUUGUGACUUUCCAUGAGGCGUUUGAAGCUGAUCACCUCUUGUGUAUUGUGAUGGAAUACUGCGGCGGGGGAGACAUUCUGCAGAAGAUCCAGCAGCAGAAAAGCAAACACUUCGGUGUUGAUCACAUCCUGAGAUGGUUUGCUGAGAUGUGUGCAGGCGCCAGCCAUAUUCACGAAAAGCGGGUCUUGCACCGGGAUCUCAAGUCCAAGAACAUUUUCCUGACCGACAAAGGCACCAUCAAGCUGGGAGACUUUGGCUCAGCGUGUGUUCUCAGCAGCGCCGAGGCCUACGCGUGCACGUACGUGGGGACCCCUUAUUACGUGGCCCCCGAGAUCUGGGAAAACAAGCCGUACAACAAUAAGAGCGACGUGUGGUCUCUGGGUUGUGUCCUCUAUGAGCUGUGCACCCUGCGACACCCGUUCCAGGCUCCCAGCUGGAAGAGUCUGAUACUGAAAGUGUGUCGGGGGUCCUACCCUCCCCCCCCCAGGCACCUCCCCCCUGAGCUGCAGCUGUUGCUCAGGCACGUCUUCAAGACGGACCCCAAAGAGCGUCCGUCCCUGCGCACCAUCCUCACCUCUCACCGGGUCUCCAGGCUCCUGCGAGCACACCUGUCCCCCCAGGCCUUAGAGGCGGAGCAACGAGGGCGGCGCUCUGCUGGGAGACGGCAGGGCGACCAGGGGAGGAAAGUCCUUCACCAUCUGGGAGGACAGCGUUUGAUUGACACCCUGGAAGGGGAAAACCAAGCACCUCCUCCUCGAAGGCGUUGGGCCGCCGAGCCCUCGGAGACGGUGAUCCAGGUGUUGGCCAACGCCAGCCUCCUGUCGUCUGAUGGCGAUGUCCAUCAAGAGGAGAGAGGGCGACGCAAACAAUGGCAGAGAGAUCCUCCAGAGAGGCUGCUGAGUUUGUUGGAGAAAGCCGAGUUGAAGCGAGCCUUCAGCACCUUCGUGGUCCACAGAGAAGGUGACAGUCCUCUGAUUGGUCCGCUCUCGCAGCCUCAGAGCGACGACACAGACGGCCCCGAGCAGGAAGUCCACGCCGACGACGAGCGCCUCCAGCCGCGCUCCGACGACGAGGACACGGACUUUGAGGAGGACUCUCCCAACGACUGGGUGGCCGCGCUUGAGGGAAUGUUGCAAGCGUGACGCCACUUCCUGUCCAAGUUUGCGUUGGCAACAUGUGGAACACCCGGGUCACAUGACCAACACCCGGGUGGAGAGUGCUUGUUUGUGCAGGUGAAGGAUCCCAGCAGAAACAAUACAUAAAUACGGAGGACAAAUGUUCAUUUUUGUAGUAUUUGGUGCUUUUUUGGGGGGGCACAUGUGACUAUUAAAGUACAGGAAGUGAAGAAAACGAGUCCCUCCCUUUGCAGCUGACUCUCUUCUGGGAACGUUUGUUAUUAAAGUGUCCCGAUGCAACCUGUUUUACUUCUGAUACGGACAUUGAUCUGAUGCGAUAUCAGCAGGGAUGAUACAUUCUUGAAUCAUUUAGUAGUGUGGAAUGUUAGAAAAGGUUUGAUGAAGUGAAAAGAGAAACACUAACCUAUCUAUUAUUAACCAUCUGGAAGGGACUUGUGCUGUCUUUAAGUUGAAGUGAAGCGGUAAUUGGUUUUUUUGAUGACACCUGGUGGUCACAAUAGUUCAUGAAGUUUAAACUUAUUGGUUGGAAUUGGGGGUUAAAUCAGCAAAAAUGAUUCCCGGGCGCGGCCACCGCUGCUGCUCACUGCUCCCCUCACCUCCCAGAGGGUGAUCAAGGGUGAUGGGUCAAAUGCAGAGGAUAAUUUCGCCACACCUAGUGUGUGUGUGACUAUCAUUGCUACUUUAACUUUAACUUAUGAGGCAGCAAGUUAAGUGAUGCGGACACGUUUGUUACGUAUGUCUAGCUUGUGUGCUAUUGUGUGCGUAGCU